GGAAAACCCGCGGCACCGACCAAAAGAAUUCUCCUCCUUUAUUACUGGCUCACCAUCUAACCCCGGAUCACUCACUGACAUGUGCUUCUGUAACUUGUAAUUAACUGCUUACCCGUACAUUAACUGGCUCUCCGACUGCCUACACCACACCUACCGCUAGAAUGGCACAACCUCGUCAAUUUCGAGGCGUCUACAAGGUUGUGAACAAGCAAGAGAUCGAUACAGACAUAUACGUACCCCAGCCGAGGAGGACCGUGAACAAUACACAAUAUCCCGUCAUCAUUGCCAUUCAUGGAGGAGCAUUCAUGCUUGGGUCUUCUAAAAUGGUCAACAAAGACCAAAUAGAAGACUGCUUGAGCCGAGGAUGGAUCGUUUUGGCACCUAAUCAUCGCCUCUGUCCACAGGUCAACCUUCUGGAAGGGCCGAUGCAGGAUUGCCGCGACCUCCUUACUUGGACCUACAAUGGGGGCCUGCAGAAGGCUCUGUCCUCUCUCACCGAUACCCCAUAUCCUCUCGACCUCGAUCGUGUAUUUGCAUUCGGCACAUCUUCUGGCGGAACACUAGCCCUCAGCUUGGGCUUUGGCGUCCCCCGUCCAGUGGCGGGCAUAUACGAUAUGUACGGUCCAUGCAACUUCGCCCACCCCUUCUGGACCACGGAGCUCCCACAUGUGGCCGCGAACCUCCCCCAAGGGCUUAGUGAUGAAUUCAUCAAUCGCAUCUUUGAUGCAGAUCCGGUACCCAUCAUUGGCGGCGUCUCACUCGAAGGACAGCAGACUGGAGCUCCGAACUUCGAUGAUCCCCGCCAAGCAUUCGCGCUCACGCAGAUUGCCAAUGGGAAGGUGAUGGACGUGAUCUUCCCAUCGAAAGACUGGGAGAAGGUCGAUCCGCUCAAAAACAUAACGGAGUCCUUCCCUCCGACCUUCAUUGUGCACGGCGCAGAGGAUGAGAUGGUUCCGUUGGAUCUGAGCAGGGAUUUGUACUCGGCUUUAUUGCAGCAAGGUGUUAAAUGUGGUCUCCGAGUCGUUCCCGGGGAGGGACACACGUUCGCGGCAAAAAUGAAGGUGGGAUCUCCGACAUGGGAGCUCCAGAGAGAGGGUUUCGACUUCCUAGAAAGUUUGAACAAGUAG